ACUAAAUAGGUGUAAAUAGCUGGUAACUAGUCCCGACCGCAUGUCGUAGUAUAAGCAUGACAUAGUGCUCCGUUUGAAGUCUCGGAUUUUCUACCAAUUGAAAGUGCAAGUUAAACUUACCACACAGGUUUCGCCGUCCCAUUAUUGAGACAUCAUGGAAUUACAGGCGAAGAAAAUUUAUCUUGACUAUAAUGCAACCACUCCACUGGCUCCUGAAGUGAUCCUUUGUGUAUCAGAAGCCCUUACAAACGCCUGGGCAAAUCCCAGUUCGUCCUCUGAAAUAGGUCAAAGUGCAAAGGAGCUGAUCAAUCAGGCUAGGAAGAAAGUUGCAACCAUGUUAAAUGCAAAGCCUUCUGAAAUUACAUUUGUUUCUGGGGGAACAGAAGCAAAUAACAUGGUGCUACAUACUGCUUUGAAAUAUUUCAAUUCUGGGUCUGGAAAAUUAGGCCAAGGUGCUUCAUUGAAACCUCAUAUUCUAACAACAAAUGUUGAACAUGAUGCAAUACUUCUACCAUUAAGACAUUAUGAGACAGAGAAACUUGCAGAUGUUGAUUUUGUCCCUGUAUCUAUGUCUUCUGGGCAAGUUCUUGUUGAAGAAAUUGAAAAGCUCAUCAAACCCAACACUUGUCUUGUCACUGUCAUGUUGGCUAAUAAUGAAACUGGGGUGAUAAUGCCAGUAGCUGAAAUUUCCAGAAAAAUAAGAGAAUUGAACGAAAUCCGCCAAAAAGAAGGCUUGUGUCGAAUUCUCAUACACACUGAUGCUGCUCAAGCUAUCGGAAAAAUAUCAGUCGACGUGGAAGAACUGGGCGUAGAUUAUUUGACAAUAGUUGGUCAUAAGUUUUAUGGGCCUAGAAUUGGAGCUCUUUUUGUGAAGGAAAUGGCAGAAGACUCAACUCCAUUAUACCCAAUGUUUUUUGGCGGGGGACAAGAGCGUGGUCUUCGUCCCGGAACAGAGAAUACACCCAUGAUCCACGGUCUUGGUUGCGCAGCCGAAUUGGUUUCGCAAAACCUGCAAAAAUACCAGGAAGCCAUGAAAAAAACGCGUGACUUAUUGGAAAAGUCACUGAUCGUUGAGUUUGGCGAAAACAUAAUUGUCAACUGUGACACUGCUUUGCGUCUACCAAAUACUAGCAGCGUUUCGUUUAGGGAAACUACAAUGACUGGCGGCGAAAUUUUGAGCCAUUGUCCUCACCUGAUGGCCAGCACUGGGGCAGCUUGUCAUGGAACGGGAAAACCAUCGGUAAUAUUAAUGGCGUCUGGCGUGAGCUGUGAAGACGCCCGCUCUGCUGUCCGUUUGAGCGUUGGUCGCGAUACAGCACCGGCAGAGAUAGAGCAAAUAGUCCAGAUGUUGAAGUUAGCCCUAAAGAGGGACUAGUGUUCAGUAAAUUAGGGACACCGGAUGGAUUUUGAAUAAAUUCGAGUUAUGAGGUGAA